CGAAGAAGAUCAGCCAAACCGUCGUCACGAUCCCCGCCACUCUUCGCCUCUUCUUCCAUAUUGCUUUGUAGAGGGCUGCGAUGCAUCAGUUAUGAUCGCAUCCCCGAGGAACGACGCCGAGAAGGACGCACCGGACAACCUCUCCCUCGCCGGCGAUGGCUUCGACACGGUCAUCAAGGCUAAGGCGGCAGUCGAAGCCCAGUGCCCUGGAGUGGUCUCCUGUGCCGACAUACUUACGAUUGCCGCCAGAGAUGUCGUCGCACUUUCGGGCGGUCCGAACUUCACCGUUGAGUUAGGUCGACGUGACGGGCUUGUCUCCCUGGCUAGUCGGGUCGCAGGAAAGCUCCCAGGACCGGACUUCAAUCUCGAUUCCCUGACGACCUUAUUCGGAAAAAACAACCUAACUUUGUUUGACAUGAUCACACUCUCCGGGGCCCACACAGUCGGUUUUGCGCACUGCAGUCGCUUCACCAACCGCCUGUAUCGAUUCGGCUCAUCGUCAUCCGUCGACCCGACGAUAAACCCUGACUACGCUCGAGAGCUGAUGCAGGCAUGCCCUGCAAAUGUUGGCCCGACAAUCGCAGUUAACAUGGACCCUGUCACCCCGAUCACGUUCGACAACGUCUACUACGCGAACCUAGCGGCCGGUUUAGGGCUUUUCACCUCCGACGAGGUGUUGUAUGCCGACGGGCGGUCACAACCGGUUGUUAAGGGUUUCGCGGGCGAUCAAAGCAGCUUCUUUGCGGCAUUUGCAAAGUCGAUGGUCAAGCUCGGGAGGGUCGGGGUGAAGACCGGCAGGCGGGGGCAGAUCAGACGAGAUUGCACGGCCUUCAACUGAAGGCAUACAAUUGAGCGUUGCAUGUACAGAUACUCCUUGUACCGUUUUUUUUUGCGCGACUUACAAUUUCAUUUCUAAUUCUUUUUAUAUAAAGAUAAAGGUACUUAGAUUAAACCUAAAUUUUGCAAUGCCAAUUAAAUUUAUGUUUUCUUCGCGAAAUGCCGCCCCGAGGCCCAUGAAGUCGAGGUUUUUUAGCCCAUUAUCAUUGGGCUUCAAUAUAUGGCCUUCUCGGCCCAUUGUUAAAUUGGCCCUCCAACCGAGAAUAAGCGCUUGUUCCCUCCCUUA